AUGGAAUCAUAUUCAAGUAAAAUAUUUUCUUCUUCCUUCUCUAGUUCUUCAAGUUCUUUUGCUGGUCAUGAUCAACACGAAGAAACGAAAGAAAAGCCAUAUCUUUCUUCUCUCCAUAGAGUUCGCAGCCUUUCAUCAAGAUCAAUCAACAAGAAGCCCAUCGCUCCAUCGCCACCAAUUCCCCCUAAAAUCUAUAGGGUUGAAGUUGUUAAUUUCAGACAAGUUGUCCAAAUGUUAACUGGUGCACCCGAGUUUCAAUCUCACUCCAACCCCGGACAUUCACGAGAGGUGGCGCCUCCUCCUCCUCCCCCUCUUGAUCUUUCACCAACUUAUUCAUUAUCAAGUAAGAGUAAUAUUGGUGGGCAAUGGAGAGAGUUUCUUCCUCCUUGCUCCUCAAUGUUGAUAUCAAAUGACGAGGUUUCUAAUGAGUCAAUUAUUGAAGCAGGCGAAAAACAUAUUGAACCGAAUAGUACUACUUUUGGAGCAUGCGGAGAUUUUGCUCUGAAUUGUAUGGAUAUGAAACAAAUAAAAAAGGGUAUGGGGUAUACUCAAAAAAACAAGAACUUGCUUGUUGCUUUGGGAGCUCUUGGUAUCACUGGUUUUGGUGCAUAUAAAGCUUAUUACUCACCAUCUAUGGUUAAAAAGAGGAAAAGAUUGUUGAAGUUUCUUGGUUCAGUUGUUUCUUUAGCUGAAAUGGUGUCUAAUUCUGCUGAUAUAAUUGGGAUUUUCUCUAAAGAACUAAAGGAGUUUAUGUUAUCAAAUUCUGAUGAAAUUCCAAAAAGUUUGAAGCAAAUUUCCAAGAUUACUAAUUCAGCUGAGUUUUCAGAGUCUAUUGUUAAGGUCACUAGUGCUUUAACUAUCGGAAUUCUUCGAGGUUAUUGUAAUCAAGAAACAGAGGAAUUAGAUUCUGAUUUGUUCGAUCAGGUUUUAAAUAAACUGUUUUCUGAUGCAGGAUGUGGUUUUGCUUCUGUAAUUGUUGGGAAUUUCUCCAGGAAUUUGGUACUUACAUUUUGUUCUGUUAAACAGGGUUACUCUGUUCCUGAAUAUGUUGAUACUCUGAUAGGGAAUUGUGUACAAGUAUUUGUGAGCACUGCUGUUACUGUUUAUCUAGACAAAACAAUGAAUAUCAACACUUACAAUGAAAUCUUUUCUGGUUUGACAAAUCCAAAGAAUGAAGCGAAAAUGAGAGAAAUGCUGGUGACCAUAUGUAAUGGUGCAACAGAAACAUUUGUCAAAACUUCUUAUCAAAUUUUGACAAGUACAGAAAUGGAUGAUGAAGUGCCUAUUAGUACUGCUUUAACUGUGCCAAUGAGUAAAAGGUAUAUUCUUGAUUUGAGUGGGAGAGUUGUUUUUGAGUGUGUUAGAUCUUUUGUGGAGAAGUUGUGGGAGUGUUUGAGAAGAUAUGUUGAAUUUAUGAAUGAGGAGGUUUUGGAGUGGAGUGUUGAAGUUUAUAGGUGUGUGAGUUGCAAGUACUCUGCUGUUGUUAGCGUAUGUCUUACUUUGUGUGUGGACAUACUGAAUGCUCCUUGGAUUUUGGUUAUGACUUGA